AUGGGCAACUUCAUGAAUGCCAAUGGCUUGGUUGACCCUGGUUUCUCGGGACUUGCCUUCACUUGGACCAACAAUAAAGAUGCCGGAAGUCGGAUUUACUCACGCUUGGACCGGUUUCUGAUCAAUUCAUCCAUUAUGGAUGAAUUUCAGGGCUUGAAGGUUAAGCAUCUCUCUCGGCUUACCUUUGACCAUUUUCCCAUCCUCUGUUCUGUUCAGGCGGGUGUGAGGAGGGCCUACUCCUCAUGGAUCCGGUUUGAAGAUGUCUGGGCCAGCUAUCCGAGGGCGUGGCAAUUGGUUAUGGAGAAAUGGAAGGUACAUGACUCUGGCUCGGAAGCGACGAUCCUACAGAGAAAGUGCAAGAGGACUCUAAAGGCACUGUUCUUUUGGAGUAUGAAUAAAAUCAAGUUAUUGAACCAGCUGAAGGAUGAGCUUGACCGUGAGAUCAGCAUUCUACAGGAAAUUGAUUGCUCUCCUUCAGGCCUCUCUAAGGCACAGUCUGAGUCUCUCAAAUAUAAGGUUCAGCUGUUGAAGGCAACUCUGACCAGGAUCAUGACUUGGUGGGGGAACGUGCGAAGGUACAAUGGAUUGAGGAGGGGGAUGGGAACACACAUUUCUUCCACAACAUGGCGUCGGCGAGAAGGAGGACCAAUCUCAUUGAUCAGCUCAAGCAUCCGGACGGGAGGAUUAUUACUGAUUAGACCGAGAUUUUGA